AAUAUGGACGAAACGGGCUUUCGUAUUGGCGUUUUGAAUAGAAAGAUUAUUAUUAUACGCCUUAAUACGAAAGCUAUCUACUUGGCAGAUUCCGAUAAUCGAGAAUUACUUACUGCGAUCGAAACUAUAUCCGCUAGGGGCAAAGUAAUUGCACUAUUCCUUAUUUUAAAGGGGGAGAUCCUAGUAGAGGCACACUUCGAUAAUAAUCUGGAUACCGAAUCAGUCUUCGCUACAAGCUUUACUGGGUAUAUAAAUAAUGCUCUAAGCCUGAAAUAUAUUAAGCACUUCCAUAAUCAGAUAUAUUAA